CUAAAACAAGAAUCGUUUACUUGUUUUUUCUGACUGUAUGCAUCAUUGUUUGGUUUGUGGAAUUGUUUAACAGAAAAAUAAUAUGGUGUCAAUCACGAAGUCCAUUUUCAGACAGUGUAUGUGACAAUACUAAUGAUGGUCAACUUUUGAGAUAAUUUGUAGUCGAACUGAGUCACAAGACCUGAAACCUACUACGAAAUAAACGAUAUUAAUAUGGAUGCCUACAAACACUGUUUUUACUGUAUGUGUCCAAUAGGGAGCUCUGACAAGACAGUAAUGCAAAGACAAAAUAAAACAAAACUAUCUGUGGAAAGGUAUCGCGUUCUAAUUAUGAUCAUUAUUAUUGGAAUAAUUAUACUUUUUGUUUCAUUAACGGUAGCAAUGUUUACCUCUCUAGAUGAUUUAAGACAAGAUCUUUACAAUGAAAAGUUAGACAGGGGAAACAGAGGAAAUACCAUUUGCGUGGCGUGCUAUGAUUUGAUAUUGGAACCAUUGAAUGAAGACAAUGUAAAACUUCACUUAUUCAAAAGAAACAUUGAAAAUGGUACAGAAAUCUGCUGUGCUAAAGGAUGGUAUCAAACAUCAAUUCUUAUUAGCUUAAUGCUUGAAAGACGAGAACGAUUGAAGAAUACUCAAGAUAUUUUUCUUUCUGAAUCUGUAUGUAAAUGCAACAGUUCAAGUGAUGCACGUAACAUUAAAAGAUCAAAGAGGCCUUCUGUUCAUCUGAUUGCAGGCGUACAACCAAUCACAGGUGGUCAUAAAUCUCCAUUUACAGUUGGUAACUGGGUUUCGCAGGGACCUACAUCUCACACAAAUGACAUUCUUGUCGACGACAGCCGAAUUUUCAUCAACACAUCGGGUCUUUAUUUUGUAUACAGCCAGAUAUUUUUCAGUGAUCUUUAUAAAGGUCAAGCACUAUCAAACAAAUCACACACUUUCUACCAUUAUGUUUAUCGGUUCAACCAUAUUUAUCCAAACGAUGGCCAAGAGCUGCUCCUAAAAAGUGUUCGCACAGAAUGUUGGGCAAAAAGUAAAUUCUUUGGUGAUUACACAAGUUACACUGCUGGAGUUUUUAGGCUCAAUGUGGGUGAUCAAAUUUUCGUAAAGGUAUCUCAAAUCAGAUUGAUGUCAAGAGAUAGACAAGCGUCGUUUUUCGGGGUUGCUUUGAUGUAUCCUUAAAAAUAGCACAAUAACAUACUUAUGUUCUGUAUUGUUGUACGACAUAUUUCGCUUUUGAUAUGAUAUAUAAUAAGCUAUAUAUCGUUUCAUUGUUUUCUACUGUUUGUUGUUUAUUUUAUAGCGGAAUA